AUGAAAUUGGAAAGUGAACGAAUAAUAUUUCUAGUAUUUCUAAAUAUUUUUUAUUCAAAUGCUGCUGUUUUCCUCUGGAGCAAUCAACAUAUACUAAUUUCACCAUUACAAUCAUUUACUUCUGAAGAUUUCUCAAAGUUGAUAGCAUCUCUAUCAGAUCCAGAAGUAUACAUUUUCAGAAGCCCAGUGGUUUUAUCUGAUGAUUUCAAAGUUGUUAAAGAAGGAUUCUAUUCGACUUACAACCCAAAUGCUUCAUUGGACCCAGAGAAUGUUACAGAUCUUACUGGAGAUGCUGAAAAAGAUGUGGAAUAUAUUCUCAAAGUUCUUAGUGAACGCAAAUCUGAUAAUAUCUUAUCAGUUAUCUUGAUACCUGAACCAGGAAAGAGACCUAAACGACAAAUUGUUGAUGGAGACAAUACUACUGAACAAAAUGAUAUAGAAAAAUCUACAAAACCCAUACCCAAAGGUCCUGUAAUCUAUAGGAAACAGAACAUCAAUAACAACUUGUAUGCCUUGCUAUAUUCCUCUAAACCAUUGUUGCUAAAAAGAAAUGAUACUGAGCCAUUGAUGUUAUAUUUGGGCAAUACUGAUGAGGAUAUGAUCACAUAUGAUACCCGCUUAAAUGUUAUCAUUCCAGUGAAAGUAGGCGGCAAAAUCACUCUCAGAUUUAGCUUCACUUGGCUCAAUGGUUACUGGUACAUGUCAUCUGUUAAAAUAAGGGAUACAGAGACUAGUAGAGAUUAUAACUUGACAACCAAGGAAGAUAUAAAUGCCCCUGCACAUUUUUCCUAUCACUGUAAUGGUUACACACUAUUUUCUGAUUCUAAUGGAACUGAGCUGUUUAUUUAUGAUCUCCAGGUUCAGAUUGACUCCCAGAAUGGUAAAUUUGGAGAUGCUAAUGACUGUGUCACAUUCACUACAGUUCCCAUUUGGUCUGGUUUGUUUGUCACAAGUAUUUUAGGCUUAGGUUUUAUUGUAGCUUUGACGGCUAUGAUGGAUAUAAAAACUAUGGAUAAGUUUGAUAACCAUAAGACAAAAAAUAUUGCCAUAACUGUUUCUGAAUAG